ACUCACUUUAAAAUGAUAAUAUCAAUAAAAUUCACAGAAAUGCCCUAGAUAAUAUUCAUAUCUUUAAAUUUAAUAAAUAUUAUACUGUUAAAGUAUUGUUUAAAGUAUAAUUUUAAAGAUCAAAUAAAACAUAUUUUAAGUACUUACAAAUAAUAAAAAUAAUAUUGACGACCGGCUUAAAAUUGCUCAGACUUACAGUAUGGUAGCAAAUAACCGAUUAACAUACUUCUACAAUGAAUUACCGUAUAACUAGGUAUAUUAUAUGUUACAUAUCUUAUAUAUUAACCUGUAGUAGGUACGAUUUAAAAUUUUGUCGACACAUGAAAACAUCUUAAUUUCAUACAUAGGUAAUUUUUGUAUGAUUAAAUAUAAAGAAAAAUAUUCUUUUUAAACUCAGUAUUACACAUAUGUUUAUUUUCGAGAAUCAAUAAAUUCGAUCAAAUUAAAACAGUGCGCAGAGGAAAAUAUAUUUGUAGAUAGAGUUAAUGUCGUUUGUUUUUCAAAUUAAUAAAACACACACUGGAUAUUAAAUGAUUAUCGAAAUCACCCAGAGAAACAAUGUUUAUAGGAGCGUACAUUUUUUUGAACAUCUUCUCUGAUUGCAAAAUGUUGGCGCGUGACCUGAAAAAAAAUUAUCACCCCAGAACUAAAGGUCAUUUGUAUUACAUAUUACCUAUUACAUAUUUACAUGCUAACAGGGCCACACUGGCUAGUGUAUAAAUUAUAAUGUAUCAAAAUGAUAUUGAUGAUAUAGAUUAUAUUAUUUAUUUGUUAAAUAACGGUGGCUUAAAAUAGGAUUCCUAAUAAGUUUGGUAGGUAUGCUAAUACUAUGCUAUGUAUCUACCUAAAUAGUAUUUCGGACUUAUGCUAAAACCUUUGCACAAAUUUAAUUACGAUUUGAAUACACUUACAUAAUGUAAUAAUACGAGUAUGUACACAGAAUUCUGAAAGCAUUAUAAUUUAGGUAUUAUAAUUUUUCAAUAAAAUCGGUUUUAUUUGUAUUUAUUUAUUAUGUCUUAUUUAAAUAGCCAAUAGGUAGUUGUACAAGUAUUAACUUUUUUUAAAAUUGACUUUAAAAUAAUAAAUAAUAAUAAUUAUUAUUAAAUUAAUUCAUUUAAGAUCUAAAACCUAUAGAAUGUUGUACGCUGUAUAACAGUGCUUCUAAGCCGCCUUUUUUGUUAUAGGACCCCUAGUGAUUCAUCCACGGCACCCAGGUUGAGAAAUAGUGCUAUAUAAUAUAUAAAAACAAAAUCACUGUUCACUAUACUGGUCGGAGCGCAUUUAGAUGCAAAUAUUCCCGAACCAUUUUAAUCAAUGCACUUAGGCAUAUUUUUUAAUGUUUAUGUGUAUGGUACAUUUACACGUUUGCGUUUAAAAAUAAUAAACAGUAAUACCAAAAUAAUAUUUUUGUUGUUUCUAUGGAAAUAUUUUAAAUAAAUAGGUAGUUAAUUUUAUUAUUUUUUUUUUAAAAUUUUUUCUUUUUUAUUUAUUUCAAAAAAAGGUAACGGUAUAGUUUAUGAACAUGCGUACUCUAUAAAUAUGUCUAAUAACACUUGUGAUGCCAUAAGGCAUAAAACUAAAAGAUUCAGUUUUAAGAGAAAGCCGUUUAAUGCGAAGCAAAUAGGAAAUCAGCCAAAAAUAGAGGUAAAAAAAGAGGUGAAAAAAGAGGUGAAAAAAGAGGUAAAAGAAGAGGCGAAAGUGUCUCAAGAACCUCAAGAACGUCACGAAAAGCCAGAGGUUGUCUGCCAUAAUAAUCCAAAAAAGACGGGAGAUGAUAAUACAUAUCUCGACCACAAUGAACCAAUAAUAACACAAGAUGAAAAUUCUAAUACGCCUGAUGGAUUUGAAAAUAAAGCAACACAAACAAGAAUUUGUUGUAUUCAUAAUCACUGCAAGAGAAAACAGCAAAAACGAAACGGAAAUUUUUUUCCCGAAGCAUGGUUAUGUUUAACAAAUUUGUGAAAUUAAAAUUUUGAAAAGAUCAUGUCAAAAUACAAAAGAAUAGUGAAUUAUUUUAUACUUUAAAAUUCAUAAAAGUUACUUUGCUAUGUUUAUUGAAAAUAAGGCCAUUGAAGUAGGAAAAUGGUAAAAUAACAAGGAUCCAAAUGUUUAAAUGUACUUUGAUUACUUUAAAGUUAUAACCAUUAGGUAAUCCUAUUAUAAAAAAUACAAAUUUGUAUGUAUUAAAAAAAUAUUUAUGUUAUGACAGAUUUAUAUGUAAUAAAAUUAAUUUUAGCACUAAUUUGAAUUAUUAUUUUAUCAAAAUUUUUCAAUAUUUAUUUGUUUACUAUUAUUGAUAAAAACUAUUUAAUAAUAAUUAUGGUAUAAUUAAAAAAUAUAAUUUAUGUCAAUUAUAACUGGUAUUUGGUAUUUAAAUAAAUAAUAAUGUACAACUUGAAAUGUGCUUAAAUAAAAAUUUAAAUUAUAUAAUAGAUGCAGUCAUAAAAUUUAUUUAAUUUAUUGUUUAUUUGUUUAAGUAUUUAUUGUUUUAAAAUAAAUAUCUAACUGUUAAUUUUGUACUUAAUAGUUGGUUAUUUUAUUAGUAUAAUUUUUAACAUGUUAACAGUCAAGAAUUGUUUUACCAUGUUCCUUAAAUGUAUUGUAUAAUAAUGAAUUUAAGAUCUCAUUUACAAUUAUCUAAAAUAUACAGUGCUUACACUGUCAUUAGAUUUUAAAUAAAUUUUUUGUAUUAUGUUAAAUAUUGAUAUGUUCAAAAUAUUUGUUUACUAAUUAUUUUAUAAAUAAUUUACGUUUUAUUGCAUUUCUUGGGAUCAUUAAUACAACUCAUUACCUAUUAACAAAGUAAUAUUAGAUGGUCAUACUGAUUUCAUAUUAAUAUUACAUUUUCUAUUGAAGUACAUAAUUAUAAAAUGUUAUAUAUUUUAUUUUAUUAGAAUUGUUAAGUAUUUAAAACUUUAGCCUUAAAUAAAAAUAAUUAAUUAAUAGUAUUUGGGUUUUUUCUUUGAUCUAGAAGUUAAUUAAUAGCUAUAUAAUAAUAUGUAUAUUGCCUAUAAGCUAUAAGACAAUAAAUAUUGAAUAAUAAAUAUUUAAUAAAUUUGAAAUUUGUAUUUAUUUGAAUUUAAAAAACUAAUAUUAUAAAGGUUAUAAAGCAUAGAAUAUAGAUGUAAAGUUAAGGUUAAUAAAUAUAAAAGAUAAUAAAUAAAUAAUUUAUAAAUUGAAACAUGAAAUUUAUGUAAUUUUAUCAAUAAUGAAAGUUGUAUAUUAUGGCUUAGGUUUUUAUAUUGUUAUUGAAUUACAUAUCUAUAUCGUAUCUAUUUAAAGAAAAUAAUAUCUUUCAACUGCUUUGACAGAAUUUUUAAAAUAAUGAAUAAAAGUAUAGUAUAGUAUAAAAUAAUAUUAUACAAUGAAAUAAUAUUAUAUUUAUGUUAACUCAUAAUUUAAUGAAUCAUUUAUUAAAUAUUUGAAUUUUAAAUAUAAAGUAUUGUAAUUUGUAUUAUGUAUUGUGUGUCUGCAUAUGAAAAAUAUCUAUAAUAAUCUAUAAUAAAAUUUAUAAUAUAAUAUGUAUAUCUAUAAUUGUAAUUUAUGUAUUUGUUGUAGUUACUACUUACAAUGAGUUAAUAACAAAUAUAAUACAAUUUUUUUUUUUUCAUGAAAUUUUAGAACGCUAGAAAUAUACAUUGGACUUCAACAUUAUUCAGCUGUCGUGACAUAAUAUGCAUUAGUUACUGACAAAA